AGGUGCGAAGAACAGAGGAGAUACUUUGCAGUCGUCGGUAGAAGCAUCUCGGGAAAUGAGCGUCAGCGUCACUGGAGGUGUGUCAUAAACCCUGACAGAAUUCAUCUGUAAAGCCUGGCCACUCAUUUCCCAUCGGGUAAGGAGGGCGUCUGCCCAUGCACACGCACGGCACCAUGGGAAGCUCCCCCGAGGUGCUGUCCUGGACGUCCUGUCCCAGCCUGCUGGUGGGGAAGCUGAAGGAGGAGCUAAAGCACACGGUCGUCGGCGACUCCAUCAAAAAAACUACCAGUAACAUUUCUCCUCAAGCGCUGCUUCCUCCAGCACCACCUCCGCCGCAGAUCAUCGCAGACCUGGCACCGCCCACCACCCUUCCCAUGCCACUGCAGCAGCUUCAGCUUCCCUGCAGGGACGACGAGCCAGGUGGCACCAGCCCGCCGUGCACCGCCCUCAGCGAGGACUCGACGCGAGAGCAGGGACACUUCGAAAACAGCGUUCUGCAGCUGCAGGAACACGAGGAGGCCGAGACGCCGGGAUCCUGCGGUCAGGGAGGCUGCGGAAGCGGCGGGGAGGAGAAAAACGAGGAGGGCGGGUGUCCGAUGGACCACAGCGGAGACGACACGCACCACCAUCCGCAAGAUGACAUCAAACUGCACUUUCAUAGAGCUGGGACGGGCAGCGGCGGAUUUCUGGAGGGGCUGUUUGGGUGUUUGAGACCCGUGUGGAAUAUUAUUGGGAAAACAUACUCAACCGAGUAUAAACUUCAGCAGCAAGACAUGUGGGAGGUGCCGUUUGAGGAGAUCUCUGAGCUGCAGUGGCUGGGCAGCGGAGCUCAGGGCGCCGUGUUCCUCGGGAAGUUCCGCUCCGAAGAUGUCGCCAUCAAGAAAGUCAGGGAGCAGAAGGAGACUGAUAUCAAACACCUGCGCAAGCUGAAGCACCCCAACAUCAUCAGCUUCAAGGGUGUUUGCACGCAGGCCCCAUGUUACUGCAUCAUCAUGGAGUACUGUGCUCAAGGGCAGCUGUACGAGGUUCUCAGGGCCGGUCGUAAGGUCACGCCACGGCUGCUGGUGGACUGGGCCUCAGGGAUCGCCAGCGGCAUGAACUACCUGCACCUCCACAAAAUCAUCCACAGAGACCUCAAGUCACCAAAUGUGCUAGUCACUCAAAGCGACAACGUGAAGAUCUCAGACUUUGGAACCUCUAAAGAGCUCAGUGACAAGAGUACGAAGAUGUCAUUUGCGGGUACGGUGGCCUGGAUGGCUCCGGAAGUGAUCCGGAAUGAGCCGGUGUCGGAGAAAGUAGACAUCUGGUCGUUCGGGGUGGUGUUGUGGGAGCUGCUGACCGGUGAGAUCCCCUAUAAGGACGUGGACUCGUCUGCUAUUAUUUGGGGUGUGGGCAGUAACAGCCUCCACCUGCCCGUGCCGUCCACCUGUCCCGACGGCUUCAAGAUCCUCAUGAAACAAACCUGGCAAGGUAAACCCAGAAACCGGCCGUCCUUCAGGCAGAUCCUCCUCCAUCUGGAUAUCGCCUCGGCCGAUGUGCUCGGGACACGAUAGGGGAACUCAAAUGUAGGGUUAGCGGAGUGGAGAGAGGAAGUGAAGAAGCAUUUCGAGAAGAUCAAAAGCGAAGGCACCUGCAUCCACCGACUGGACGAGGAGCUGAUUCGGCGCAGAAGAGACGAGCUCAGACACGCUCUGGAUAUCCGAGAGCAUUACGAGAGGAAACUGGAGCGAGCUAAUAACCUGUACAUGGAGCUCAGCGCUAUCAUGCUGCAGCUGGAGGUGCGAGAGAAAGAGCUGCUCAAGAGGGAGCAGGCCGAACGCCACCUGGUUCGGCCCAUUGUGCGGCCCAACGCUGUUGAGAAGCUCAUUAAGAAGAAGAGCGGCAUGAACCAUAAGCCCGGGACACAGCAGCCAAAGAGACCGGAUCUGCUGCGCUCCGACGGCAUUCCCAGCGUCGAGCCUCUUCCGGCUCCGUCCCCGUUGUCAGGAAGCCCGAAAGUGUCCACCCCGCCUGGGAAAACCCGGUACCGCAGUAAGCCCCGCCACCGGAGGGCCAACAGCAAAGGCAGUCACAACGAGUUCCCAGGAGCCCUCAAACCCAACUCAGCCCCAUCCGAGGAACAGCAGCCCCUACAGGACAGGGAGCAAAGCUACCAUCACCAUCAUCCCCCUCCACUCGAGGGUCCGCUGUUACCAGUGCAGAACCGUGUAAUCGCUGUAGCCACCUGCGCUAACAACCUGCGCUACUUCGGCCCGGCCGCCGCUCUCCGCAGCCCGCAGACUGACCACCUGCAGCGGAGGCUGUCCGGCUCCAGCCCUGACCUCAUCUCCACCGCCGUGGACGCUGAUUCACGCCACCGCAGGUCCUCCGUCCCUCCGUCCGCGGGCUCCGCUGCCUGCUGCCAGGCGCAUCCGUUCCCCGGCUGCAUGCACUGUCAGGAGACGCCGGCGGCCCCCAGCCACCCUGAGCUCCCGCAUUACUCACUGCUGAGCACGGGUGAAGAAACACCGCCCGCCGUCAAGAGACCGAUGGAGCCCACGGCCGAGGGAGAAGCAUCAGGAGAGCAGAGAUCCAGCGGCCUGCUGCACUCGCUCAGACCGCUGAGAAACGCGGGAGACGAGUCGUCUGAGGAGGAGGAAGGAGAGGUCGACAGCGAGGUGGAGUUUCCACGCAGGCAGCGACCUCAUCGCUGCAUGAGCAGCUUUCAGUCGUACUCCACCUUCAGCUCGGAGAACCUGUCAGUGUCUGACGGCGAGGAGGGCAACACCAGCGAUCACUCGCACAGCGGCCCGCUGGAGCAGCUCAGCGCUAGUCAGGAGGAGCAUCUGGACGAGCUCCUGUCCCACACGCCUGAGAUCCCCAUCGACAUCUCCACGCAGUCCGACGGUCUGUCCGAUAAAGAGUGCGCCGUCCGCCGGGUCAAGACCCAGAUCUCUCUGGGCAAGCUGUGUGCUGAUGAGCACAGCUACGAGAAUCCGCUACAUUUCGGAGAUUCCGACUGCGACACGUCGGAUGCGGAAUGUUCCGACGCCACCAUCAGGAACAAACAGCCCUGCGCACCUUCAUCCUGGUGAGCGCCAGCCUUUGGAGGAAACACGGCAAUAAUCCACACCUGACCCGUCUGAUCAGCCCUUCCCAUAAUCCACCUCUCUCUCUCUCUCUCUCUCUGAGCAUCUCAGGCAGAUUCCUCUGAAGUGAUAAUGUAGCUAGAGUAACACGCAUAAUUUAUUUUAUUACGAGCCGGAGGAAACGCUAAACGAAAUCAGGAACUCGAAUAACAGCGACAACAGAGCAUAAAUUCAGAGCGUUAGCGCUCAAGUGUGACGCUCAAGGCGACUCGAUUUGAAGCAGUUAGUUAGAAGGUGAUUGUGAAGAAUGUGUAUAUAUAUGUCUGUAGGAACGUGAGCGAAAGUGUUCAGUGCGUAGUUUGAGGAUCCAUUCCAUGAUGGGACCCGCCAGACGUGUGUCUCUGGCCACCUGCUACUUCCUGAGUUUACAGAAACCACGCCCUUUCGGGUUACUUUAGUUUGAGCACCAGCAGGAACAAUGUCCUUCCUUGUUUCUUUUGCCCUUUUUGACUUCCAAGACUUGUGGAAAUAUCCCAGCAUGCCUGCUUGGUCGGCAUUUGAUCAGCCAAUCAGAAUGCUGCUGCUGCUGCCCGCCUCUACGGACGAACAGGAAGUCAGAGAACAACUGCUCUAGAGGAACAACGUCUUUAACGAUCAAAUCAGUGUUUGAAGCAAACCCGAGCAGCUUUUUUCCCUCAUCUCAGGACUGUGUUUGAAGAGACACUGCGGACGGAGAGCGGGACGCUCGGCGUGUGAAAGUAUGACAUCAUCCACAAAGAGUUUCUUUUUUUUCGUCGUCUUUAUGUUGACAUGAAAAAUUCUGAUGUGCACCGCUGGUCAAAAGUGAUGAAGAUUUUUAAUGUUUUUGGAAAAGAAAAAAAAAAGGCUCUUUUGCUCACUGAGGCUGCGUUUAUUGGAUCAGAAAUCCAGUAAAAUUAUGAAAUAUUAUUACAAUUCCAAAGAACUGUUUUCUGUGUGAAUAUAUUGUAAAAUGUAAUUUAUUGC